AUGGAGUCCCGAACCAGCUAUCAGUUUCCCGGUCUAACAGAUGGGCGCACUGCCAAGGACGAAAUGGCAUCUAUUCCGCUCAAAGGUGUCAAGUACUCCGAUCUCAAAAGCGAUGAUGAGGAUUCGGCAAAGCUGCUUUACAUCGCCUGGGCUAUUUUGUUAUUUGUGUAUGAGGCGGAAGCCACCGAAUUCGAGCUGAUUCGCAAUCGCAAAAGAUCAACCCUUAGGACGGCGAUUAACCCCGAUAAACCGUGGCAAGAUAUUCGUUUCCAGUACCAAGAUAGUGAGGAGACAGGUGAAAUCACUUCCGGUGUCUGUAUCUUUACAGAAAGAGAUGUCGAAAUUCCAGCUGAACUGCAAUCAGCGUUGGUAAUACAAUGCUCGGACGAAUUUACAGCCUCUCUGGUGUAUCGCUCGCAUAUUGUUUCCGAUACACAUGCACUUAACAUCGCCACCACCCUCGAGAAGAUCACAGACGGAUUACAAGGACCAACUAUUCCCAUAAGCGAGAUGGAUGUCCUCAGCGAGCACAACUUCAAUCAGAUAUCAAAGUUCAACACUAGUCCGCGUAAUGUCGAGGAGCACUAUCUAUACAGUAUCAUUGAGAAGCAAACACUCGACACACCGGACCAAGUUGCUGUCGAUGCUUGGGAUGCUCGAUUAACAUACAAAGAGCUCGACCUCUAUGCUUCGAUUAUAGCCAAACGUCUCAGGGCACUCAAUUCCGUGAAUACAUACGUACCAAUGUGUGCAGAGAAGUCCGCCUGGGCCGUUGUCGCUAUGAUGGGAAUUUUGAAAGCCGGGUCUGCUUGUUCCCCUCUCGAGGCAUCUCAUCCACGCGAUAGAUUAGAAAGCAUGAUUCAAUCGUGUGGUGCCAGAACCGUUGUGGUGACGGCUACAUACGCGUCACUGUUUCAGAUGAAGGGGAUUGAUGUCGUGGUUGUCUCUGCCGAUUCUCUAUCUUCCGCAAAGGAUGACCUGAAUUUGACCUGGGUUGCCGUCAAUCCACGAUCGCCAGCCUUCCUCAUGUGGACGUCUGGAAGUACAGGUAACCCCAAAGGGGUCGUCCUGGAACAUGCAGCCUUGUACAUGAGCAUCACCGCAUACGCAGAGGCCAGCGAGUUUACAGCGAAAACAAGAACAUUCCAAUUCACCUCUUUUACAUUCACGGUCAGCAUAUGCGAUAUCUUCGGCACCAUGGCCAAAGGAGGGACAUUGUGUAUGCCGUCCGAUGGGCAACGUUUGAACGAUCUGACUGGAGCAUUGAAAGACUCGGCCGCCUCCUUUUGCUGGCUCACUUCGACAUCCCUUGUCGGACUGGACCCUGAUAAACUCCCUGAUCUCCGGUGUGUCACUGUGGGUGGCGAAUCUCUUUCCCGGGACGUGGUUGUGCGCUGGGCCGGAAAGUGCCAGAUCAAUGUGUCAUACGGCACAACCGAAACGUGUGGCUGGUGUUUGCUGAACCCACACCUGACUGCAGAAAGCGAUUCCCGAGUUCUCGGGAAGCCUAUUAUCCCCGCAGCUUGGAUAUGCCAUCGCGAUGACAUCGAGAAGCUGGUCCCUGUCGGUGCGGUCGGCGAGCUGCUAAUCGAGGGGCCAUUUUUAGCGAAGGAAUAUAUGGACGACCCGGAACGUUCUGCAGCGCAAUUCAUCCAGCCACCGAGUUGGAUGAAGCGAUUCCGACCAGGCCAAUCAACGAGGCUUUACCGAACGAACGACCUGGUCAGGUAUACCUCGGAUGGAUCUAUCAGGUUUGUAGGCCGGAAGCAGGCCCAUGCGAAAAUCCGCGGGAACCGGAUUAAUCUCAUCGACAUUGAACAUCACGUUCGAAGCGCAUUGGGAAUAUCCGAAGCAGUUGUCGAAGUGGUGCAUACGAAAGACGGUGUUGAUAUGCUCGCGGCAUUUCUAUUAGCCUCCUCAGACACGGGCAUGAACCAGGGCUCCGAAAGCCCCGUGACCCAGGGGGAUGAUGCUAUCCGUCAGUGUGUUGCCAAUGCUUUGCAGGCCCUGGAGACCGCUCUUCCCAGCUACAUGAUUCCAACUGCCUUCGUACCGUUAUCUCGAAUCCCACUCACGCGUACCAACAAGACAGAUCGUCGAUUGUUGUGCGAGGAGGCAGCGGGCCGGACAAGAGCUGAGCUAGUGCAGCUUUCAGCGCACAGAAUUCAAAAUGUGGAAUCCUCACUCUCAAGGACUGAAUACAUUAUGCAGCAGUUGUGGUCGGAACUGACAGGCCUAGCGAUCCAAAAUAUCGGCCCCGACGACAGCUUCUUUCACCUAGGAGGGGAUUCAGUCAUGGCAAUUCGGCUGGUUCCGCUGGCUAAGAAGCACGGGCUUGUAUUCACUGUCAUGGAUAUGUUUCGAUACCCAAAAUUGAGAGAUCUGGCAACUUAUAUCGAUGACCGCGGAGAGCAUGAAUCGACCGAGAAGGAAUUUUUGACCUUUGAGGUCGAUGACCUCGCCCCAGACGCCGCAAGGGAGUGUGGGGUUAAUAUCGAUGCGAUCGAAGACUUGUAUCCUUGCACAGCAUUGCAAGAGGGGCUUAUGGCACUAUCCGCACAAAGAACUGGUGCUUAUGUUCUGCAAAUGGCCUGCGAUGUACCUUUAAUGGCAGAUCUGUCCCAUCUUCUAACUGCAUGGGAGACUGUGCUCGAUUCCCUUCCCAUACUGCGCACACGAAUUGUUCAGCUUGGUCGGGCGGGAUUCCAUCAAGUUGUCGUGAAAGAGAAAAUAGACUGGCGCCCUGUAACCAGCGAGUCGGAGUGGCGAGACUGGAAUCACAAAUAUCCUAUGCAAUUAGGAUGCCCAUUGGCGCGAUUCGCUCUCCUUCAGGUGGACUCCCGACAAACACGCAUCCUGAUUUCUCUUCAUCAUUCCAUCUUUGAUCGCUGGUCAUCUGUACUUCUGCUCGAGAUGGUUGAUACAAUUUAUCAAGGACGACAGGUGCAGCGACAGGCGUUUAAAGAGUUCGUUGGAUAUGUGCACUCCCGUCCAACUGAGUCGAGUGACGCUUUCUGGGAAAAUUAUCUUGGAGACGCCCAGCACGUGGCCUUCCCUCGCGUGAAAGACGCGAAUUACCUUCCCAAGCCAAGUGUGGGAAAGAAUAAAGUCAUCAAGCUCGGGCACUCGAGAAGCAAUUUCACGGCGACCACAAAGUUGCGUCUUUGUUGGGCUCUAGUUCUUGCCCAGCACACAGAUAAUACCGAUGUGGUGUUCGGGGCUGUCUCGACAGGCAGAAGCGCUCCCGUUGAAGGUAUAGAGAGCUUAGUUGGUCCGACUUUAGCGACUGUGCCAUUCAGAGUGAGAAUAAACCUGGAGACCUCGGUCACCGAUGCUCUAGAUAGCGUGCAGCGUGAAAGCGCGUCAAUUCUCCCCCAUGAGCAACGCGGUCUACAGAAUAUCGCCAAACUGCGGGGGAUGAGUCUUCUUGGGGACAUGGCUGAUGAUCAAUUGCCGGAGCUUUUCAGCUACGCCCUUACAUUAUCAUGUGAAGUGCUCGGAAGAGAUCAAAUUCAUGUCGACGCGUUCUUCGACCCGAGAAUCAUUGGAGAGAGAUACGUUGAGGCCUUACUUUGCCAGCUGGACUAUGUGAUGCGACAAAUACAUGAUGUGCCCGACUGCCGACUUGGAGACAUCAGCGCUCUUAGUGGCAAUGACGAGCUAUUGCUAGAAUCAUGGAGCUCACGAUUGACUGAACCGGUUGAUUUGUGCAUUCAUGACGCUAUCCGGGACCGAUGUAUAGCAUCACCUGAUGCAGAGGCUGUGUGCUCUUGGGACGGAUCGUUUAGUUAUGGCACUCUUAAAGUUCUUUCGACAGCACUCGCCAUUCAGCUCCAUCACCGAGGAGUAGGCCCAGAAGUAUUCGUCCCCUUGCUUUUCGAGAAGUCAAAAUGGACAGUGGUCGCUAUACUCGCAGUCCUGAAGGCCGGUGGUGCUUUUCUUCUAUUAGACGCAUCAUUCCCCAACGACAGGCUGGAAGCGAUUUGCAACCAAGCAAGCGCACAAGUUAUUCUCGCCUCAAGAGACCUAUCCGAGAGAGCAACAAUCCUUGUCCCUGGCAGCCUAGUGGUGGACGACACGCUAAACUCUAACUCAGCACCUUCAAUCAUAUUACCGACCAUCAAUCCAGCCAAUGCCCUCUACGCAGUGUUCACUUCAGGGUCAACGGGAAAGCCCAAGGGUGUUGUGAUUGAACAUUACGCAUAUGCCUCUGGGGCCAAAGCGCAUAUUGCAGCUGCAUCGAUAAAAUCGACAUCCCGGGUUCUGCAGUUCUCCUCAUACGCAUUUGAUGCCAGCAUUAUUGAACAUUUGACAACGCUCAUGGCUGGUGGAUGCAUCUGCAUUAUUUCAGAUAAAGAACGUGACAACUCGUUACCAGAGGCAGUCGCGUCCAGAAACGCCAAUUGGACAUGGCAGACACCUAGUGUUGUUCGGACAAUGAAUCCCGGGGACUUUCCUUCACUGAAACACCUUUGUUUGAUGGGUGAGGCUAUUGGACCCACAGAAAUCGAAGAAUGGGCCCAACACCUUAAGCUCAUGCAAGCAUAUGGGCCGGCGGAGUGCUCAGUAUUGGCAACCUUGCAGACUUCGUUGAAUCUGAAUUCGGAUCCUCGGAACAUCGGAUUUCCAACUGGCUGCACUGGUUGGAUUGUGGAUAAAGAUGACAAUACCCGCCUAGCGCCUAUAGGUGCGGUGGGAGAACUUCUAAUUGAAGGCCCUAGUGUGGGAAGGGGCUAUCAUGGGGACCCGGAGCAGACUGAAACAGCGUUUGUCGAGUGGCCUGAUUGGAUACACAGAUAUCGAGAGUCUGGUUCUCCAAGAAGUUGUCUGUACAAAACAGGCGAUUUGGUUCAGUACGCUCCAGAGCUUGACGGCACACUGCUCUAUAUUUCUCGCAAGGACACGCAAGUCAAAAUCCGUGGUCAGCGUAUGGAGCUUAGCGAAGUGGAGUACCAUACUCGUGAAGCCAUGAAUUCGUCCUGGGACAUCGCAGCCGAGGUCGUCCAGCAUGGGACCCGGAAGAUUCUUGCUCUUUUCUUCGCUGACAACUUGAAGACUAAUGCGCAAGAGAGUUGCUUUGCUAUAUCCAUGAAAGAUGAGGUGUGCUCUGAAGUGGAGAAGGUUAAGCAUAAACUCAGCACUCGCUUACCUGCCUUCAUGAUCCCAACGGCUUGGAUCCCAGUGUCCAGAAUACCACUUUCUGCUUCAACAAAGACAGAUCGGCGUCGAAUGCGCCUUCUCGUGGACGAUAUUCCUGUGGAGCAAUUCAACACUUACAUCAUCGAUGGCAAGCGUCGAAAUGGACAGGCCUCAAAUAGCUCCACACGUAUUGGUGAUAAGCCAAUGACCGAAGAGGAGAUUAUGCUACAUGGCCUCAUCUGCGAGGUACUUGAAAGUCAAGGCCACGAGAUCGACAGAAAUACCGUCACCAUGGACGAACAAUUUACUAGCAUUGGAGGGGACUCGUUGACAGCCUUGUCUUUAGUUUCAAGGGCACAGAAGAUUGGAUUUACUUUUACCGCGACGGACGUGAUUGCGUGCUCUUUGGGGGAGUUGGCCAGUAAGGGAGUUUGA